GCGCGCUGGGCGGCGCAGUCAGUCGAGCUCUGGGUUGUAUUGUGUGCUCAGCUGUGUUUGUGUGUACUCCUAGUGCUGUAUACACUUUGUGCGGUGUUGUUAUUGUUGUCAAACUGUGGUGCGAAAUGGAACCACCUGGCGGGAGGGAUUCCCGAUUCAACCUGGGCUACAGCAUGAACCUGCUGUCGGGGGAGACCCCGCCCGAGAUCUACGGCAACCCUGGCCUGGGGCGGCCCUCCACCAGCCUGCAGCAGCUGUCGCCGCGCCACACCAUGGUGUCGAGUGCGUGUGGAGGGCGCUCCCUGAAGGGCGACCUCUGCUACGACGACCGCGGCAUGCCCCAGCAGGGCAUGGGGCUGGAGGCGUGCGGCGUCAACGACAUCUCCGAAGACACCUACAAUGCCCUCCAGCCCAAGAAGUCGCCGCCGAGUAACGGCAAAAAGACCAAAGGCAGGGUCAAGAUCAAGAUGGAAUACAUCGAAAACAAGUUGCGGCGGUACACCACGUUCUCAAAGAGGAAGACUGGCAUCAUGAAGAAGGCCUACGAGCUGUCGACCCUCACCGGGACGCAGGUGAUGCUCCUGGUGGCGUCGGAGACGGGGCACGUGUACACCUUCGCAACCCGCAAACUCCAACCCAUGAUAACCAGCGAGGCUGGCAAAGCCCUGAUCCAGACCUGCUUGAACUCCCCGGAUCCUCCGGCGGGUUCGGCGUCCGGUGACCAGCGAAUGUCGGCCACCGGCUUCGAGGAAACGGAACUCACCUACAACAUCAGCGACGAGGACUCCAAAGACGACAAUAUGUCGGGCGGCGAAUCGAGCGACAGCAGCGACGCCGACGCCCACGAAGACGAGCCCGAGGGUGCUUUCGCGCCUCCGGCGUCCAAAGCUGCCACUCCUCCGCCCUCCUCCACGUCCUCCAGCACGGCAACGUCAGCACCGGCGACGACGACGACGACGACGAAAUCGCCGUCGUCGUCCUCCUCCCAGCCCCCCAUCAUCUCGCCCCUGGUGUACCAAACCCCCCAAGGCAUGAUGUACGCGACUCCGUCGAACGGAGGCGUCAUCUUCAGCCUCGCCCAGACGGACUCAGCGCACCCCCAGUUCAUUACGAUACCGCUGUCGAUGGUGGCGGCCAACGGCCAAGGGGAACUUGACCUGUCGAAACGGAAGUGACCGGCGAAUAAGAUUAUUGGCACGUUGCGGGCUUCCGUCGACUUUGUUUCAAAUGUGCGCUUCAGUUUCCUUUUCCGGUUAUUGAGGCGGACGUGAUGUGCCCGUUUCCGUAUUCAAAAAUCGGACGCGCAUCGCUAUUUUUUAUUUGCUAACAGGCCGAAGAAGAGGCAAGGGACACUUCAAAGCAAUAACUAUACCAAGACAGAAUCGGUUUUGAAUUUGUUUUAAAUUUUCAUCUGUUGCACCAUGACAAACAGGAGUGUCGAAAAAUAUUUAUUAAUUUAUGUAGAUUCUUGACACUAAAAGCUAUGGUGGAAUGGAUAUUAACGUAUUUUUUCAAACUGCUACUUUCAGAAAAACGCCUGGUGACCGGAUACUUAAGGCAAGUAUUCACCCAUUGGCAUCUACACUUUUUCUAUACACUUGAGUAAUAUUGAAUGGCCUAUACAGUUAAUCAGAUUUUAUUAGGAAGAAAUCGAAGACUGAAAAUUCUUUAUGACGUCACCAAAUUACCAAAACAAUUCAUUUUCAAUCACAACUAUGCCACGCUACAUUUUUUACCUACCAUUCAUUCGCAGACGGUGAAUAAUUUUUUUAUCUGGAAAAAUUAACCAAUUCUAAACGCUUUCGAUUUUGAUAUUUCUGCGUUACAUAUUAUGUUAGGAAAGUUUUAGGAAAUGAAAUUAUAUGAACAUUAAAAAACUCAUGAACAAUUUUACACCUCUUUGAGAACCUGAUGUUCAAUUUCGAACCGUAAACUUGAAUUUUUUUUAUUUUUGUUCUCAAGCAAAUAUACGAUAAAUCUGUUAAAGUAUAUUUUUACUGAAUCUCAAAAAUUAAUAAUAACGCAGUAGUAAGCGUUUGCUACUAAAUCGUUUAUUUUUCUCUAAGCAUCAGAAUUGUUCUACAAUUCCUUAUAAUCAAAAUUUAUUAUUAAGUUGUAGAAAAAUUCUGAAAAAUAUCACAGGCAUAAAAAAUACGGAAAAAUACAAUAUAUUGAAUAGCCUACGCGCAUUUUUGUGUGAUUUUUAGUUUCUGAAAUACAGCAAAAAUACUCUUACAGGAAUUAUCUUUUCCUAGUCAUCCUAACGUGGAGCGUAUACUCAUACACCAUUUCGUUAAAAAAGUGUUCAGAUCUUCCAAUAAAGACUAUAUUUUUUUUAGUUUUUCCAAAUUUGAAAUUUUACUGUGUGGUAGAAUAAAAAGAAAAUUCAUUUGAAACACUUUAGUUUUUUUAAUUCAGUUCAAAAUGGUUUUUCUAUGGUUCGGUGUCUUAUAGUCUAUAGAACAAGUAAAUUUUCAGCACUAUUUUUUCCUAAACGGUUUCUCGGAGCCUUAGAUGAGAAACAGAAAAUAUUGGUCACAAGAAAUGUUUUAACAGGGUAAAUGUUCCUUUCUGAAAAAUUGUAGCUUACUUAACAUGGAAAAGUAUUCACUUCAAUAAUAACAAUUUUUGUAGUACAAUGUGUUCAAGAAUGGUUGUUCAUCAAGUCGGCUAUGGAAUUCAAAUUUUUUGGACCGUUUUGUUCAAAUGACUAUUGUAGUCUGAGUUUUGUCAUCUCUGUCAAAUUUUUGAGUUAUAUUUUUACUUACUUUUUGCAUUUUUCGACAAAGUUGUUUCAACUGUAGGGUUUGUCUAAUAUUUCCGUGAUUUUUGAUGUUGUGCGUUCUUUCGUUUUUAGAUUCGAAGCCUUUUUGCAUUAUUUUGACGGAUCUGUCACUUCGACUGCAUUCACAAUUUAAAUUAAGCGGUACAUUACGUUCAAAUUUUAUAGGUGAUUUGAUGAACAACCAUUUUUGAACACACUGUAGAAUAAUGAUGUAAAAACUAUGCACUAAUUUACGUCCCCAGUUGGCAAAGUCAUAUAAUCGCGCUCCUAAUUGUGUUUGUUACUGCAAAAGUGACAAUAAUUCUUGCCAAAUUAUGAGGUGAAAUCGUACUUAUUUAUUGUAAUUAUAUUAUCACAACUACUCCUAGUUUCGUACUCGAUUUAGACUGAAAUUUGUUGGAACGACCGCUUCGUCCGCGCUCAUUCCGGCAAUUUUAAUUCUCUGCUUGUGUUAUAAAGCUAGUCAAUGCAUAAAUUUGUGUUUUUUUAGGUUGGUGUUACUAAUAUGUUGUUACAAAAAUGUUUAUCAGUUGAUUUUCUAUCGGCAUUUCCGUCAUUCCAAAAAAAGGGCAAUGUUUUCCUAGUGUCUUGUUAGCUGCUGAUGGCGACUCGACUGGAAAUAUUUUUGCGAAAUUGUUGAGAACAUUUUUAUUUAUUAAUUUAUUGGAUGCAGUUCGUAAAUAAAGGUGCCUUUAGAUAAUGUACAUGUAACAUAUCUUUUUUGAUAUUUAUCAUAUUUACAUAAUAAAAUUUAUGCAAAGCAGUGCUCAAACCA